AUGAUAAAGGAAAUCCAUGACGAAAAAAAUAAUGUGAAAAAAAAAAAAAUUGAUAAAAUUACCAGAAAAUAUCUCCGGAAAAUUGAUUCUUACAGAUUACGGGAGCGAGACUUUUUCGAAGAAGAAGGAAAUGUAGAAAACAAGAGUUGCAAAUAUCACAAUAGGAGUUUAAAUAAAUACGACUCAUUUGAUUUAAGGAAAAUUAUAAAAAAUAAUUAUGAACAAUACGAAUUCAGUAGUGACAAUGAAGAAGAAGAACCUUUUUUUUUUCUAUCUACGAAAAUAGAAAUAUAA